ACUAGGGUUUGGGGGUUUUUCUCUUUCUAUCCUCCUCUAUAAAAUUGCGACGAACACCGUUUAUUUUGGUCCCUUAUUUGCGUUUGCAGCUCAACACUUUGCUCCGCAGCCGCAGUUCAUAUAAAUAGAAUCCGUCUUUAGCCCGAAUCCAAAAUGUCUGGAGAAGAGCCUGUUGUUGUUGAUACCCCAGUGGCGGUGGCGGCUUCCACCCUUGGUGAGCCUAUGGAUAUCAUGACUGCUCUGCAGCUUGUGCUCAAGAAGUCGAUGGCACAUGGAGGUCUUGUUCGGGGUCUUCAUGAGGCCGCAAAGGCCAUUGAGAAGCAUGCUGCCCUCUUGUGUGUGUUGGCGGAGGACUGCGACCAACCUGACUACAUUAAGUUGGUCAAAGCAUUGUGUUCCGAUCACAAUGUCAACCUUAUUUCCGUUGCAAGUGCCAAGACCCUUGGGGAAUGGUCUGGUUUGUGCAAGAUUGACUCUGAAGGCAAGGCCAGGAAGGUUGUCGGAGCUGCUUGUGUUGUCGUGAAGGAUUUUGGUGAGGAGAGUGAAGGGCUUCACAUCGUGCAAGAGUAUGUCAAGUCUCACUGAGAAGCUCCCGGUUAAGUUGGUUGUUAUGGAAAACCAUUUAGGGCUUUAGAAAUAGAAGCAGUCUUUUACUAUGCUUUUAGUAUGUCUGUUUUAAUUGUUUUUUACUAUACCGAAUUCUAAUGCUUUUGACGACAAUAUUUGAAAUUUUGCUCUUGAUUUUUGAUA